CGUAGUUCUGAGGUUCUGACUGGCUAAGUGGCUAGUGGCUAGUUUGGAUUUUGGAAUUUUUGGAUACGCCGUGUGAAAUUGUUAUUUCGUGUGAUUCCUAUUUGUUUAAUUAUUACAUUUUAAAUCGAAAAAAUGGAGCUAUCAGCUGAGGGGAAAACUCCCGAAUACAUGGCCCUAGCCGGCAUUAAAUUCAAGCUGACUUUGCCCGAUUUAAAAAAAGAUGCACAGCUUCGGGAGCAACUAUUUCAAGGGAUAAAGGCUGGAAAUAUGGCCCCCUAUUACAAGGAGGUCUGUGCUGAGUUAGGCUGGCCAUUUGAUCAAAAGUUAUAUGAUGCCAUGGCUAAAGAGAAUCAAGAACGAUUAUCUAAAUUCGAGGAGGAUGAUUCCGAGACGCCAGUUUGGCAGGACAGAUUGGACUACAUGUGCUCUAUUGGCGACAAAGAGGGAGCCACGGCUUUGGCUACUUCUAAAUAUGAAGACUCUACCUUGACCACCAACAGAAGACUUCACGCUAUAUUUGCGUUAUUCAGAAUUGCCUACUUCCACGGCUGCAAUGUGAAGGAUAUGGGAAAGGCUAUUAAUAAGGCCCAUGAGCUGGUAGACAAAGGCGGAGAUUGGCGUUCAAGGAACAAGCUAAAGGCCUAUGAAGCUAUCUACUGCCUGGCUGUCAGAGACUACAGCAAAGCUGCAGACCUCUUCAUUGACUGCGUCUCCACUUUUGAGUCUUAUGAAUUGGUUGAUUUUGGCACCAUAAUCCAAUACUGCGUGCUAGCCUGUGCUUUGGCGCUGGAGCGGCACGCGCUACAGGCGGCGCUGCGGCGGCAGGGCGCCGCCGUGCAGGCGCUGCGCUCGCGCUUCCCCGAGCUGCGCGAGCUUGUCGAGUCAUUGCAUGAGUGCCGGUACGCGGAUUUCAUGAAGAGCUUAGCCUGGGUGGAGACCCAGAUCUGCGUGGACCCCGUGUUCCGCCCCCACUACCAGCACUACGUGCGCGAGGCGCGCAUCAAGGCCUACGUACAACUGCUGCGCGCGUACCGCUCGCUGAGUCUCGACAACAUCGCUGCCACCUUCGGCGUCACCCGCGAGUUCGUUGAGGAGGAAAUCUCCAACUUCACGGCGGCGGGGCGGCUGGUGUGCCGCAUCGACGCGGUGGCGGGCUGCGUGGUGACGGGCGCGGGGCGCGGCGCCGACGCCGACCGCUCGCAGCUCUACCAGGCCACCAUCCGCGAGGGCGACCUGCUGCUCAACCGCGUCAAGAAGCUCGCCAGCGUCAUCAACUUCUAGGUGCUAGUGCUACCCGUUCCCCUGAUCUAGGUAUUAUCUAUCCGUGUGCUUGCCCUUUCACAUGUAUAGUGAGUGCCCCAAUUUAAGUACCCGCGUCGCCUUCGACUGUACCGCGCAGAUACAAUUGAGUUGACUGACAAUUUCUUGUUGCUAUUCUGUCCCAUCGGCCAGAAGAAAACAGUGAGAAAUUACAUGUGAUGUGAAACAUGUGAAAGGGCCAAACUUUAUAAUAUUAAGCCACAAUUGUAACAUUUUAAAAGUCAAUUGUACGAAUUUCAUCACGCAUAUUUUAGCAGCAAUCUUAUUAUUUACCUACCUUACUAAUAAUUUAAUUGUACCUACUGAAAUUUAUUUUAUAAACAUCUCAAAAUAAAAUUGUAAUAAGUAA